GUUCUUUUUGCAUUCUCAUAUCGCCUCAAUAGCUAGCUAUGGUACUUGAACAUUGCACCUUGGUUUCAAGACAGAAACAUGAGGCUGCUCAGUCAGUGCAUUUCUGUCUUCGCGCCAAAGAUCCAUCGCCAGUGACCAUUCGCAAUCGAUAUGACGGUUCGAAUCCACUAGAAAUUGGAGUACUAGACUAUGAAUCCAUCCUCAGUCGCAGACUAGCAAAUCAUUUGGUCACAGUAGGCCAGCACUUUGAGCAGCUAGUUGGCGGCAGAGAGCUUCAGGUAACGGUCGAACUCAUUAAUGGGUCGCAAGUACCGGGCUCAUUCUUGAUAAAACGCAAUCACACACGAAUGACGGUCACUGAAUCCGAUCAGGAUGACAACCAAGUUCCGUGUGGUGGUAUGGAGAAGCUCUAUAAUGUGAUCUCCCAUGUUAUUUAUGAAUCUACAAACAAGAUGCUGCCUGCCUUCCAAGCUCUUAAUAUACCCGUUACCAAAACUAUCUUGAUCCACGGUAUUUCCGGCGUUGGAAAAACCACGCUUGUCAAACAUGUUGCUAGGAACUUGAAAUACGCUACAUAUCACUACCAUAUACGAGAAUUACUGGCUUUCUCCGAACAGUUUGACGAACCUAGCUUUGAGCAUUUCAACACUCUGUAUUUGACAUUUAAGCGCGCUAGAGCGAAUUCGCCCUCGAUUAUAUUGAUCAAAGGGCUCGACCUUUUCAGAAUUGAUUCAAAGGUGGAAGCCGCCAGUCGAAACUCCAUACUCUCGUUAUUGCGCAGAUCAAUCAAGAGCAUACAACCUGAAGAACGGGUGUUUGUCGUUGGCCUGGCGACUGGACUGAAACAGUUGCCGGAACCAUUGAGGUCUCUCGAUAUUUUCGACCAGCAUGAGCAUGUACCUAUACCCACAAGACCACAGCGUGAAUCGAUUUUGAAAGCACUAAUGAUAUACUAUAAUGUCAAGUUUGAUAUCCAAGAUGAGGGCAGCAACUUGGAAGCUGUCAUUUCUCGAAUAAGCCAGAGGACAUCCGGCUAUGUGGCAAAGGAUAUCAAACUUCUACUAAGGUCAGCUGCCUUGCACUCCAUGCGGAGGCCAAAGGCUAGCCAGCCUGACCAAGAUAUUUCUGCAGCAUUGAAUUCUCUAUCUUUAGCAGACAAAACCGAUAAUGACAUCACCAUUCAAUGGCAUGAUGUUGAAUAUGCCUUGGAAAACUCUGCGCCAUCUCAACAAGCUGGUUUCGAAACAACCAUUGACAAACGUUCUUGGACCGAUAUAGGUGGGUAUGCAAAACUGAAGAAAAAGUUACAACGAGCGGUCUUGUUGCCCAUCAGCAACCCCGAAACAUACAAAAAAUUGGGUAUCCCGCCGCCAUCUGGAAUUCUGCUUUUCGGUCCAUCAGGAUGUGGAAAAUCAUUACUUGUGCAGGCACUUGCUUCUGAAUCCACCAUGAAUGUCAUUACCAUUAAAGGGCCAGAGAUAUUUUCAAAAUAUUUGGGAGAAACAGAAGCUACCAUUCGGAACCUUUUUGCAACCGCAAAGCGUGUUAACCCUUGUAUUGUGUUUAUUGAUGAAAUGGAUUCUAUCGCCUGCAAGAGAGGUUGGGAUGCUGGUGAAGGUGGCAAUAGCGUCAAUGAACGUCUAUUAAGUACUCUGCUUAAUGAAAUGGAUGGUGUGGAAGGCAGACAAGGCGUAUUUGUCAUUGGAUGUACUAAUAGACCCGACCAGAUUGAUGAUGCCAUCUUACGACCAGGUUAGUUUUUCUUCAUCUGAGCGCACUGACCGCUUGAACUGUUUACUGAAAGUCAUUC